AUGACGGACGGCCCAAGACAACGGAGCAGCACGGAGGGGUCUGCCAAAGAUGCUGCCGGAGAGAAGGAGUCCGGAGGAGUUGCGCUCAAGAAGGAGAUCGGGCUGGUGAGCGCGUGCGGCAUCAUCGUGGGUAACAUCAUCGGCUCGGGUAUCUUCGUCAGUCCAAAGGGAGUGAUGGAGAACGCCAGCUCUGUGGGCGUGGCCUUGAUCGUCUGGAUCAUCACUGGGAUCAUCACGGCCAUCGGAGCGCUGUGCUAUGCGGAGCUGGGGGUUACCAUUCCUAAAUCAGGGGGGGACUAUUCCUACGUCAAGGAUAUCUUUGGUGGACUGGCGGGGUUCUUGCGACUGUGGAUCGCCGUGUUGGUCAUUUACCCGACCAACCAGGCGGUGAUCGCUCUGACCUUCUCCAACUACGUUCUCCAGCCGCUGUUUCCCACCUGCUUUCCACCUGAGAACGGCUUGCGGCUGCUGGCUGCCGUUUGUCUCUUGCUGCUCACGUGGGUGAACUGCUCCAGCGUUAGGUGGGCCACCAGAGUGCAGGACAUCUUCACCGCUGGGAAGCUGCUGGCCCUGGCGCUCAUCAUCGUCAUGGGCUUUGUGCAGAUCUGCAAGGGAGACUACUACUGGUUGGAGCCAGCCAACGCCUUCGAGCCCUUCCAGGACUAUGAUGUGGGCUUGAUAGCUUUAGCCUUCCUACAAGGCUCCUUUGCCUACGGAGGCUGGAACUUCCUCAACUAUGUCACAGAGGAGCUGGUGGAUCCCUAUGUCAACCUUCCACGUGCCAUCUUCAUCUCCAUCCCUCUCGUGACCUUCGUUUACGUCUUUGCCAACAUCGCCUACGUCACAGCAAUGAGCCCCCAGGAGCUGCUUGCCUCAAACGCUGUUGCCGUGACGUUUGGUGAGAAGCUACUGGGAGUGAUGGCCUGGAUCAUGCCCAUCUCUGUGGCCCUCUCCACCUUUGGAGGAGUCAACGGUUCACUCUUUACCUCUUCACGGUUGUUCUUCGCUGGAGCCAGAGAAGGCCAUCUCCCCAGCCUGCUGGCCAUGAUUCACGUCAAACGCUGCACUCCCAUCCCGGCUCUGCUCUUCACUUGUCUAUCCACACUGCUAAUGCUCUGCACCAGUGACAUGUACACCCUCAUCAACUACGUGGGCUUCAUCAACUACCUCUUCUAUGGAGUCACUGUUGCCGGGCAGAUCGUCCUGAGGAUCAAACAGCCCGACAUGCACCGACCAAUCAAGAUCAGCCUGAUUUGGCCCGUCAUUUACCUGAUCUUCUGGGCCUUCCUGCUCAUCUUCUCGCUUUACUCCGAGCCCAUCGUUUGUGGUAUUGGCCUCGCCAUCAUGCUUACCGGCGUCCCCGUCUAUUUCCUGGGAGUUUACUGGGACAACAAGCCGCAAUGCAUCGACAAAUUUGUUGAUAAAAUGACAUAUGUGGGACAGAAGAUGUGUGUGGUCGUCUAUCCGGCUGAAAGCAAGAAGAGCGAAGACGAGGGGGAGGAAAUGAAGGAAGUCACGUCUGCCCUGUCGAAAGAAGGAGCCGACAACCACAAGUCUGAAGACUGCUGAAACCUCCAAACCCAAUCUCGAGUUUGUUUACUGAUCAACACCUUGUCUUCAAUACCGAAUCAUUGAUGUUAUGUGCCAAAAUGAAUGGAAUGGUAAAGUAAAACGUCAAACCUACACGUUUGGGGUCCAUCUUAAGUGCAAUAAUACAAGCUCCUCGUCAUCAAAGAUGGAGUAUUUUUUAUUAAACAGUUUCCUCCGCUUCACUUCCAUGUCAACAUGCGACAUUGAUGUUUUUAUCAAAGGACUCCUCCUGAACUGUGAGACUCCUUUCUGUCUCACUGGACACACCAAAGCUGCAAUGUUGAUCCUCAAAGCAAACAAUCAGAUUCUGAACAUUUCAUGACAUAUUGCAGGUUUUUGUUUUGUCACUUUAAUUAUGUCUUUUAUUUUUAGACAUUGUAAUUAGUGUUUGAAUAAUUUUCCUUAAUAGUUUUUUUUAAACCUGUUGAUUCCAACUGUUUCUUCUUUUUUCCUAACAAUGUUUAAGGUGGGUGGGGUUUGUUUGUUUUUUUACUCAUUGACCUGCAGGUAUGAAACACCUGGAGGUUCAAAUCUGUUAACACACAUUUUCUUAAUUGCCUUAAUUAGAAUCGCAGCAUUUUCUGUUGUUUGCUGUCUGUUUCUACAGAAGUGGGUUUGUUGGUAACAAAAAAAAGAAAUAUUGUAUUUUUUAUCAAAGCAAAAACCAACAAGUGACACUACACAAAUAAUGAAUGGUUUAAAAUAAAAAAAAAAGGAAGAUGCAUGUGAAAGGUGGAAUCUGUGGGGAAAUUGUGAUACUUUGAGGCACAUUUUCAUUUCCAAAGUGCAAAUCCCUGCACCUUUCUGUGAAGAGAGCCUGUGUGAACGCUAGUUUUUAAACCAAAUUGUGUCCCAGUGAAAGUAUUUUUUAUAGCUAACACCUGUCGGAACAUGUUUGUGCUUUAUUUUGAGUGUGCAGAUGAACUGUCCGUGAUUACAACCUUAAUUUGCUUUAGAGGACGUUGUAGUGCAAUACGGCUAAAAGCACCCACCAAAUCCCACGUCGUGCAUUUGGUCAUUUUUUGUGAAGCACCUACAAAAAAGCUGCACUCGUUGAUGCAGCACUCUUGCACAAGCACAUCGGUAGUUUUUUUUUCUAUUUUGUGUCUCAGGGGAUUUUCACUGCCUCCUGCUUACACUGCCUAAGUAACCAUGACAACCGAAUAGAUCUGACUGAUGAACAUCCAGUACGAUUGUGAUACCUGUCUGUAUUGGUGCUUUUAGACAUUUAUUCCUCAGGUGUGUCAUUCUAAAACGAAUAAUGGCAGAUGUAUUUAAAAAAAUAAUGAAUAUAAAAAGCUUGGCCAGUAUUGUAAAGACCGCUCCCGUUAAGCUAUAAGGAGAACUAUAGGUGCCCUGGAUGUAUUUGGAAACACAAAGAUGUUUUUUUUUGUUGAGUGCCGUACGGUUAAUGUGCAUUUUCAGUAUAUGAACAUGUCAAACUGUCUGUAUGUUGUCUCCUAGGUAAUAAAAGAUACACUGACUAAUUUCUAA